AUGGCGACGGGCUCGUGCUCGCGGGCCUCGAGCUCGCGCACCCGGCGGCGGGCGCGACGCAGGUCGGUGGUGGCCCGCUUGAGGUACUCGCGCAGCUUGUCGGUCGUCGCCUCGCCGCGGGGCUCCCCCGGAUCGGUGGGCGCGGCGUCGCGGGUGGGAUCAGCCGACAUCGAACUCGUCCUCCAGCAGGUCGAACAGCUCGUCGUCGGUCGCGGUCGCGAGGUCGUCGUCGGCCCGGGCGCCGCCGUCGUCGACACCCGCCCCACCGGAUCGGGGCUGCGGGGCGGUCGCGUCCCCCUGGCGCCAUCGCGCGGCGAGAGCGAGCAGGCGCUGCGCGAUGCGGUCGCGCUCGGUGCCGUCGUGGCCGUUCAUCGACGCCGACACGGCGUGCAGGGUGUACUCGAGGCGGUCGAGCUCGGCGUCGAGGCCCGCCGCACGCGGUUCCCCGCCGGGCAGGUCGUCGUCGAGGCGCUCGGCCAGCGCGUCGGGGGUGGGGUGGUCGAACACGAGCGUGGCGGGCAGCGCGGUCCCGGUCGCGGCGCGCAGCCGGUUGCGCAGCUCCACCGCGGUCAGCGAGUCGAACCCGAGCUCGGAGAACGUCCGCUCGGGCGAGACCGCGGCGGCACCCGUGUGGCCCAGGACCGCGGCGACGUGGCUGCGGACCAGGUCGAGCAGGGCCGCGCGGCGCUCGCCGGGCGCCAGCGCCGCGAGCCGGGCGGCGAGCCCGGCGCCGGCCGCGCCCGCGGCGGCCGCCUCGUCGGCUGCCGUGGCGCGCCGCCGGACGGUGGGGCCACCCGUGAGGUCGCGCCACAGGGGCGGCAGCGCUCCGGCGGCCGCCUGCGCCCGCAGGGCCCCGACGUCGAGGGCGAGCGGGACGAGGACGGCGUCGUCGGCCUCCGCUGCGGUGGCCGCCGGGGGCAGCGCGGCGUCGAGCAGGGCCAGCGCGUCGGCGGCGGCGAGCCCGAGCACGCCGCCGCGUGCCAUCCGGUCGACGUCGCCGGCGUCGAGCCCGCCGGUCAGCCCGCUGCGGUCGUCCCACAGGCCCCAGGCCAGCGACACGACGGGGCGCCCGCCGUCGGGACCGUGGCGCAGCCCCCGGACGACGGUGUCGACGGCCACGUUGGCGGCGGCGUAGUUGGCCUGCCCGGGGGCACCGGCGACGCCCGCGCUGGAGGAGAACACCACGAAGGCGCCCAGGUCGUCGGCGGCGGUGAGCUCGUGCAGCGCCAGCAGCGCGUCGAGCUUCGGGCGCAGGACCCGGUCGAGGUGCUCGGUGGUCAGCGAGGCGAGGACGCCGUCGUCGGUCCCGCCCGCGGCGUGCACGACGGUGCCGACCGGGUGGGCCGCCGGGACGGUGGCCAGGGCCGCGCCCAGCGCGUCGCGGUCGGCGACGUCGCACGCCACGAGGUCGGCGCGGGCGCCGGCCUGCCGCAGGUCGUCGAGCAGAGCGGCGGCCGUCGGGGCGGCGGCACCCCGGCGCCCGAGCAGCAGCAGGUGGCGCGCGCCGUGGGCCUGGACCAGGUGCCGGGCCACGAGUCCGCCGAGCGUGCCCGUGGCCCCCGUGACGACGACGGUGCGUCGGGGGUCGACGGCCUGGUCGACGGUGAGCACGACCCCGUCCGGCCCGGGCUCCUCGAGCCGGCGCAGGGCCUCCUCGGCGUCGUGCAGGGGCCAGGUCCGCACCGGCGGAACCGCCGCGUCGCGCGGUUCGCGGUCGACGAGCUCGGCGAGCAGGCCCGCGACGCGCUCGGGACCGGUGGGCUCGGUGGGCUCG